AUGGGCUAUAUAAUAGAAAAGCUUGCUAAGGGCAAGGAGAGGUGGGAGAGAUGCAAUGACUAUCUGGUACCUCUAUUAACUUAUCCAGUGAAAGGUCUUGAAGAAGGAAAGGAAUAUCAGUUUCGUGUUCGUGCUGAGAAUGCUGCUGGCAUCAGUGAGCCUUCUCGGAUUACUCCUUUUGUGAAAGCUGUGGAUCCUAUUGAUGCUCCAAAAGUCUUCCUUGCUGCAAACCUACAGUCUGGCCUUGAGGUGAAGAGAGGUGAUGAGAUCAUACUGGAGGCACAUAUUUCGGGAUCACCUUAUCCAUCUAUCACUUGGCUGAGGAAUGAUGAAGUUGUCAGACCAGAGGAAAUCAAAAAGAGAGUAACAACAUAUACAAGGAAGAAGAAGGGUGAAGCUGAAGAAGAGGAACCUUUCCAGCUUUCACUGCCAGAACGUAUGAGUAUUGACAACCAUAAAGAAGGAGAGUCUGUACUAUCAGUUCGUGACUCCAUCAGAGCUGACCAUGGGACAUUUACAAUUAAAGUGGAAAAUGAUCAUGGUGUUGCAAAAGCCUCAUGUGAAGUCAAUGUGUUAGAUACACCUGGGCCUCCAAUCAACUUUGUCUUUGAAGAUGUGAGGAAAAAUUCUGUCAUUUGCAAGUGGGAGCCUCCCCUUGAUGAUGGUGGAAGUGAAAUCCUGAACUAUGUACUGGAAAAGAAAGACAAUACAAAAGCUGAAAUGGGCUGGGUUACUGUCAGUUCUACACUUAGGCACUGCAAAUUCCAUGUAACGAAACUGAUUGAAGGAAAAGAAUAUCUCUUCCGUGUACUUGCUGAAAAUAGAGUUGGAUCAGGACCACCAUGUGUUUCAAAACCAAUGACAGCAAAAGAUCCUUUCUCUCCACCAGAUCCACCUAAUAAGCCUGAUGUGCAAGAUGUUACCAGCAACAGUAUGUUGGUUAAAUGGAAUGAACCAAAAGACAAUGGCAGUCCGAUCAUGGGAUAUUGGAUUGAAAAACGUGAAAUUAAUAGUACUCAUUGGGCUCGGGUCAACAGGAACCUUGUGAAUGCUCUGGAAAUAAAAGUUGAAGGGCUGUUGGAAGGAUUAACAUACAUCUUUAGAGUAUGUGCCGAAAAUGCAGCUGGUCCUGGUAAAUUUAGUCCACCAUCAGAUCCAAAAACUGCGCAGGACCCCAUAAUGCCACCUGGUCCACCGAUUCCAAGGGUUGCUGAUACAAGCUCAACUUCUAUUGAGUUAGAAUGGGAGCCUCCUGCAUAUAAUGGUGGUGGAGAUAUCACUGGUUACCACGUAUACAAACAACUUAUGGGCGUAAAUGAGUGGUCACGUUGCACAGAGAAACCCAUUAAGGUUCGACAGUACACUGUUAAAGAAGUCAGAGAAGGUGCAGACUAUAAACUCCGUGUUACUGCACUUAAUGCAGCUGGUGAAGGACCACCUGGUGAAACUGAACCUGUAACAGUUGCAGAACCUAAAGAGCCUCCUACUGUUGAGCUGGAUGUUUCUGUGAAAGCAGGCAUUCAGAUCAUGGCUGGGCAAACUAUUAAAAUUCCUGCUACUGUGACAGGGCGUCCUACUCCCACCAUUGUAUGGGCUGUGGAGGAGGGUGAAUUAGACAAAGAACGAGUUAUGAUUGAAAAUGUUGGCACAAAAUCUGAGUUAACCAUUAAGAAUGCAUUGAGAAAAGACCAUGGAAGAUAUGUAAUUACUGCUACCAAUAGCAGUGGUUCCAAAUCUGCAGGAACCAGAGUAGAAGUAUUUGAUGUUCCUGGGCCAGUCCUUGACUUAAAGCCAGUGGUCACAAACAGAAAGAUGUGUUUGCUUAAUUGGUCUGAUCCUGAAGAUGAUGGUGGCAGUGAUAUCAUAGGCUUCAUUGUUGAAAGGAAGGAUGCCAAAAUGCAUACAUGGAGACUAGCUAUAGACACAGAAAGGUCUAAAUGUGAUAUUACAGGUCUAGUUGAAGGACAGGAAUAUAAAUUCCGUGUUAGCGCCAAGAACAAGUUUGGUACUGGUCCACCUGUUGAAAUAGGACCCAUUCUUGCAGUUGAUCCAUUAGGUCCUCCAACAGCACCUGAGAGGUUCAUGUACACAGAGAGGACUAAGUCAACCAUUACACUUGAUUGGAAGCCUCCACGUAGUGAUGGUGGUAGUCCUGUCUUAGGAUAUAUUGUUGAGAAGAGGAGACAUGACUCCAAAGACUAUGAAAGAGUUAAUGCAAGGCUCUGUCCUACAACAUCUCUUCUCGUUGAAAAACUUGAUGAACUUCAUAUGUAUGAAUUCCGUGUCAAAGCUGUCAAUGCUAUUGGAGAAAGUGAACCAUCAUUGCCCCUCAAUGUAGUUAUACAAGACGAUGAAGUACCUCCAACUGUUACAUUACGCUUGGCUGUGAGAGGAGAUACUAUCAAAGUGAAGGCAGGAGAACCAGUUAAUAUCCCUGCUGAUGUGACAGGUCUGCCAAUGCCAAAGAUUGAAUGGGACAAGAAUGAAGUUUUAAUUGACCAAACCUCCAGUGCACUUAAGAUAACCAAGGAAGAAGUAUCUAGAAGUGAGGCAAAAACUGAACUUAGCCUGCCUGCAGCAGUAAGGGAUGAUAAAGGCACUUACACUGUGAAAGCUUCCAACCGCCUUGGCACUGCAUUUCGCAAUGUGCAUGUUGAAGUGUAUGAUCGUCCUUCUCCACCAAGAAAUCUUGCUGUUUCUGAUAUUAAAGCGGAAUCAUGCUACUUAACAUGGGAUGCACCUCUUGAUAAUGGUGGUAGUGAAAUUACUCAUUACAUUAUUGAGAAACGUGAUGCUAGUAGGAAGAAAUCUGAGUGGGAAGAAGUCUCCAAAAGUGCUGUUGAGCGAAGAUUUGGGGUAUGGAAUCUUGCAACAAAUGAAAAAUAUCAAUUUAGAGUCCGGGCUGUAAACAAAUAUGGAAUAAGUGAUGAAUGCCUCUCAGAGAAAGUUGUUAUUAAGGAUCCCUAUGGGCUUCCUGGACCUCCUGGAAAGCCCAAAAUUUUAGAUCGCACCAGAUCAUCAAUGCUGGUGACUUGGGAGCCUCCUUUGAACAAUGGUGGCAGCCCCAUAACCGGAUAUUGGUUGGAAAAGAGAGAGGUUGGAGGUGUCUACUGGUCACGUGUUAACAGGGCCCCAGUAACAAAGCCAUCAGUAAAAGGUCUAGAGUACAAUGUGCUUCGUUUGGCUGAAGGUGUUGAAUACCAAUUUAGAGUUAUGGCUGAAAAUCUUGCUGGAAUUGGCCCUCCCAGUGAACCAUCAGAUCCUGCCUUAGCAGCAGAUCCCAUAUUUGUGCCUGGUCCACCAUCUUGCCCAGAGGUCAAAGACAAAACCAAAUCAUCUGUAGCACUUGCAUGGAAGCCACCACAAAAGGAUGGUGGCAGUCCUAUAAAAGGAUAUAUUGUUGAAAUGCAAGAUGAAGGUAGUACUGACUGGAAGAAGGUGAAUGAAGGAGACAAACUCUUUCCUACUUGUGAAUGUGUUAUUCCCAACUUGAAAGAGCUCAGAAAAUACCGAUUUAGGGUGAAAGCCGUAAAUGCUGCUGGUGAAUCAGAGCCAAGCCCUGCAACAUCAGAAAUACUUGUCCAAGAUAUUCUAGAGGAACCAGAAAUCUUCCUUGAUAUUGGAGCACAGGAUUUCCUCUCUUGUCGUGCUGGCACAACAAUUAAAAUCCCAGCUGUUAUCAAGGGUCGUCCAGUUCCAAAAACAUUUUGGGAAUUUGAAGGAAAAGCGAAGACAACAGCAAAGGAGGGAGGUCAUAAUGUACCUGAAGAAGCUCAGGUGGAAGCAACUGAUACACGUUCAGUGAUUAUCAUCCCUGAGUGCAACAGAAGUCAUUCUGGACGAUACAGUAUUACAGCAAAGAACAAAGCAGGACAAAAAACUGUGCAUGUCAGAGUCAAUGUGCUUGAUGUCCCAGGUCCACCAAAAGACCUAAAAGUAAGUGAUAUCACAAGAGGUAGUUGUAAACUUUCAUGGAAGAUGCCAGACGAUGAUGGUGGAGAUAGAAUCAGAGGCUAUGUUAUAGAAAAAAGAACUAUUGACGGGAAAGCCUGGACUAAAGUCAAUGCAAACUGUGGAAGUACUUCCUUUGUUGUACCUGAUCUCAUAUCUGGCCAAGAGUAUUUCUUUCGUGUGCGUGCAGAAAACCGUUUUGGUGUUGGCCCUCCUGCAGAAACCAUCCAACGGACCACAGCUAGGGAUCCAAUCCAUCCUCCUGACCCACCUAUUAAACUAAAGAUAGGCCUUGUUACCAAGAACACAGUCAGCUUGACAUGGAAACCACCAAAGAAUGAUGGUGGAGCUCCUGUUACGCAUUAUAAUGUUGAAUGUCUCCGCUGGGAUCGUACCGGAGAAGUGAAAGAGACUUGGAAGCAAUGCAACAGACGGGACGUAGAGGAAACCAAGUAUACUGUUGAGGAUCUUGUAGAAGGUGGAGAAUAUGAAUUCAGAGUCAAAGCUGUAAAUAUAGCAGGUCCCAGUAGGCCUUCUGCCACUGUUGGCCCACUUGUUGUCAAGGACCAGACAUGUAAGUACUAACUGCUACCACUAAAUAUAAAAUC